AUGGCGACCAUCGCAUCAAUAACGCCAGAAAUUAUUACUUAUAUAAGGCAACAAAAGAUCGGCUGGCUUUGGAAUCCAGACGUCGUCGUUUGCGAUCCUCCUUGUUUUUUCUUCUUCUACAUUUUCCCCAACCCAAUGCCUCUCCGGGAACAGAGCAGCCCGCCCCGGACAGGCAUGACAUCAUUACCUGGCGCUUUCCUUUCUGUUACGCUUCUCGGGCUCUUCUUCCUUCCCUCCUCCAUUGCCCAAGCAUCCGCAUCAGGAAAAAAAAAUAACGCUUGGUUGGGAAAUUUGCAUCGGCAAUCAGGUAAAGGACAAGAGAAAGGGUUGGGUCCAUGGAGAAGGUUGGUCGCCGAAGCUCCGGUGACCAAGAACGGUACGGUGGAGAACAGCACCUUCAUAUUGGCUGCCGAAAGGACAUAUAGGAAAGACCCUUUGAAUGGAUACAAGCAUUACACCGGCGGCUGGAACAUCAGCGAUCAGCAUUACUGGGCUUCCGUUGGUUUUACUGCCGCUCCGCUCUUCGCCAUUUCCAUAGCUUGGUUUCUCGGAUUUGGCUUGGUUUUGUUCUUCAUCUGUUGCUGUCUCUGCUUCUGCCGACGAAGAAACCAUUCGUAUUCUCGCGUUGCCUACGCGCUCUCUCUUAUUCUCCUCAUCUUGUUUACCUGCGCUGCCAUCAUUGGAUCCGGCGUGUUGUAUAAAGGCCAGGGAAUGUUCCACAAUAGCACUUCAGAAACUCUGGAAUAUGUGGUCGGUCAAGCUAACUUGACAGCUGAUAAUCUCCACAAGUUCUCGAGCAGUUUGGCUGCUGCGAAGAAGGUUGGAGUGGAUCAGGUCUUCCUGCCAGCUGACGUCCAGAUGAAGAUCGAUACUAUUCAGAGGAAACUCAACUCAUCAGCAAACGAACUCUCUAGUAAGACCAUGGAGAAUUCAAAAAAAAUUCAGAUUGUGCUCGAUACAGUGAGAUUGGAUCUGAUUAUAAUUGCUGCAGUCAUGCUAGGUUUGGCAUUCCUUGGAUUCCUUUUCUCCAUAUUUGGGCUGCAAUUCCUCGUGUCAAUGUUAGUACUUGUUGGAUGGAUCCUUGUAGCAGGCACAUUUAUUUUAUGUGGUGUUUUUCUUCUUCUGCACAAUGUAGUUGGAGAUGCAUGUGUCGCGAUGGAUCAAUGGGUUGAUCAUCCACAUUCACACACAGCUCUAGAUGACAUUCUUCCCUGUGUUGAUGCUACUACUGCCAAUGAAUCAAUGUACCGAAGCAAGGAAGUUACCUUCCAGAUUGUGAAUGUUGUCAAUCAGGUCAUCAGCAAUGUUUCCAACGGAAACUUCCCUCCUGUUCUAGCACCUCUCUAUUACAAUCAAUCUGGUCCACUGGUGCCCGCACUCUGCAAUCCAUACAACACCAACAUGAGUACUCGUGCGUGUGCCAAAGGGGAGGUCAACUUCCUUAACUCAUCCACGGUAUGGAAAAGCUACAUUUGUGAAAUCACAUCAGUAAACGGAAAUGAUGUUUGCACUACAGUUGGUCGACUAACUCCAAGCAUCUACAAUCAAAUGACAGCAGCAACAAAUGUAAGCAAAGGACUUUACUUAUAUGGACCUUUCCUCCUUCAGCUGGCAGAUUGCACUUUUGUGCGCGAUACCUUUAGUUCAUUAAGUGAGAAGAAUUGUCCUGGCCUCGAACUAUACAGUGCAUGGACCUAUAUUGGUCUUGUGAUGGUAUCUACUGCUGUUAUGCUGUCUUUGAUUUUUUGGGUCAUUUACGCGAGGGAGAGGCGACACCGGAUGUACAGCAAGCAGUUCAUAGCUCAGUCCGGUCCACCACAUAUGCCUUUGUAAGAGGAGAAGAUUUCAAAAGUCCAAUGAUAUUGCUGUCUCAGUUGAGUUGCCUUAUUUGUCCAAAUUUGUGUAUGUUCAAUGAUGUCCUUAAUCUGGAUCAAGAGAAAAAGAGAUGCACAUAUUUGUAUUUGUAGAUGCUAACAUAUAACAAAUAGUGCUUCUGGUUAUCCAGUUGGAUCAAUAUUCAGUUUUGAUGCCUGAGAGUUUGUUUAUAAGACAUUGUAAAUUAUU